CCUACUCUCCACCACCCGCUUCCCUCCUUCCGAGCGAAGUGAAGAGAGCUGGCCAGAGCUAGGGGAGCAUGAUGGCUGAGGCCCCAGAGGAAGCUCAGAUGCCAGGGACCCCAGGUCAGGAUUGAGCGAGAGCAGAGCAAUGGGCUCCUCUGGACCCGGGUUUGCAGUGAUGGAGACACCAAGGAUUCUGAGGUCUUCAGAUGCAGGAAGUGAAAGGAGGUGUGGGGCAGACUGCACCUCUGUUUCCUUCUGGUCCAGUGCUUCUCUCCCAAAUGAUAAAAUUGAGGAAGUCAUGGGAACUCAAAAGAAGCGGAAAGGGAGUAGACACUCCCUGCAAGAGGAAAGCAGAGCUGGCCCCGUAUCCAGCUGCCCUGUGCACACCACGUCUGCCUGCGUUUUGAUUUCAAUUCCAUCCUGUUAUUUACUGCCCCAAUCAGGGAAACGGGAGAUUCCCAGAUUAUAGACUCCUGGUCUUUCAGACACAAAGACCAGCAGGUCUCCAGUCACUUAGGUGGCUCCUCCUUCAGUCACCUCCAUCCCAACUCUGCAGGAUUUAGUUUUUUCCAGCUCUGGUCACCGCUGCACAAAGAACUCAAGAAUCAUAGCCUCUGGACUUUUCACAGCCCUGCACGUGGGUCUUACCUGGUCCCAGCCUCCAUCUUUAUCCCAGCUCCUUCCCCAGCCUGGCCGCUGGCCCUGCCUCUACUUCAGCUCUGACAGCCUCAGAGGCCGUGUUGGUCCAAACAUGUCAGUGAAGUAUGAAGACCUCCAGUACUUGGAGAGUGAAGGGAAAAGCCAGGGGUUUACAGAUGGGCUGCCUGCCCUCGAGACCUUCCUGCAGCGGCUCCUCUCCAGCACCCGCUCCUUCCUGCUCUCCCUGGGCCUCAGCCUCCUCCUGCUGGUCGGCAUCUGUGUGAUCGGAUCCCAAAAUUCCAAGUUUCAGAGGGACCUGGCAACCCUGAGAACAACUUUCAGCAACUUCACUUCAAACACCACGGCUGAGGUCCAGGCACUGAAAUCCCAGGGUGAGCCUGGUGGAAGUUUGCAAGAAAUGAUAACAUCUCUGAAAGCUGAGGUGGAAAGUCACAAGCAGGAACUGCAAGCAGCCCGUAGCUUGAAUGACAAGGUGCUUUCUCUGGAGAGCAGCCUGGAGAACCAGCUGCAGGAACUCAAAGCAGGUUAUUCCGAAAUGCUCUUGCGAGUCCAACAGCUGGUCAAGAACCUGAACUCCCUGACCUGCAAGAUGGCUGCUCUCAAGAGCAAUGGCUCGCAAAACAACUGCUGUCCUACCAGUUGGCUGGAGCAUGAAGGCAGCUGCUACUGGUUCUCUUCCUCGGGGAAGCCCUGGCCCGAGGCUGAGAAGUACUGCCAGCAGGAGGAUGCCUACCUGGUGGUCAUCAACUCCAGAGAGGAACAGGAUUUUGUCCAGGCCCAUAUAGGCUCCUCCUACACCUGGAUGGGCCUCAGUGAUCUGGAUGGAGUCUGGAAAUGGGCGGAUGGGACGGACUAUGAGACCAACUUCAAGAACUGGAAGCCAGGCCAGCCGGACGACUGGCAAGGGCACGGGCUGGGUGGGGGCGAGGACUGUGCCCACUUCCACCCCGAUGGCAAGUGGAAUGACGACGCGUGCCAGAGACCCUACCACUGGAUCUGCGAGGCUGGGCUGAGCAAGGGCAGCUAGGGGAGCGGACCACCUGGCCAAGGAAAUGGCGGGGCUGGGGGAGGGGGACCUUCUCCUUGUGGGAGAGGAAUAAUCCCUGGGAGAUUGGAGCACUGCCAUUGUUUGGAGUUGGUUUUU